AUGUCUUUUGCGAUGGUGCGACCAACCCCAGGUCAUUUCUUGUGCUCUGAGAUCAGCAUGCACUCCGAGGAUGACGACAACGGCAGUGAGGGUUUUGGAUCUGACGACAAGUCCUUCCAUACGACUGGCCACGGCUAUGGCACCUUUAAGUUAGGUGCUCGUAAAAAGAGGUAUGGCUGCCGACCGGUAGCGGAUCCCAGUGAGCUCCGUUCUCAGAUCGUCGAGAUCCGCCAGCGGAACAUUGCGAACGUCCGAGAGCGGGAUCGCACAAACAGUGUGAACACGGCAUUCACUGCUCUUAGGACGCUGAUACCUACCGAACCAGCCGACAGGAAGCUGUCUAAGAUUGAGACGUUGCGGUUGGCCUCCAGCUACAUCUCACACCUGGGGAACGUGCUGCUGGUUGGAGAGGAGUGUGGAGACAGCCAGCCUUGUCUCAGGAGCUCUGGAGCCUUGUAUCACCUCCACAACCUUCCAAAGAGCUUGACACCCAGCCCGGACUCAGAAAACUCACAGCCCAGACAGAUCUGCACCUUCUGCCUCAGUAACCAGAGACGGCUGAACAAAGACAGAGAAAGAAAAACUGUGUUAAGAAGUUAA